AUGGCGCCAGACAAGCACGCACGAGCCGACGACUCGGACGAGCCAAGCCAAUCCGCGCGGUCGCCCGCCCGCCCCGCCCCCAAGGCUCCCAAGCCCAGCGGCAUAACCGACGACCUGCCCGGCUUCAAGAUCACCGUCAAGUAUCUCGACGAGGCCAAGGCUGCGAAGAAUGACUACAAGGAGCCCAAGUCGUGGGAGAUCAAGAUGCGCCAGAUCUGGAACCUCGAGCCGGGCUCCCCGCUGACCGAGGAUGAGCGGGCAGAGUUCUUUGCACACACCGAGCCGGCCGAGGCAGUGUCUGUCACGGCGGACGAUCCAGACGCAGGUGCAGCCGUAGGAGGAGAUGACGACUCGAGCGACAACGAUGCUGCCUCUUCUGCUGAAGACGAGGAGGACUACCUUGGUGGCAAGGACGGCCUUGACGACGAUGGCCUCGAAGAUGACACGCAAUAUGACGACUGCGCUGAGUUCCCCUGGUGCGAGACGUUCUACGGCGAGAUACUGAAGACCACCUCCGGAGGCGAGGUACCCCACAAGGUGGGUUACGUCACAGGCAAGCUCAUCCGCCGCGGCAAGAUCUGCGAAAACUUCCUCCAGACCGUCGAGGAGCCGUCCCAAGAGACGUCAGCCAUGGGCUUCGAGUUGUUCGGUCGAUAUGGCCACCUUCAGGACAAGCACAAGACCUCAGGCUCGAGCAUCUGGGGCGACGAGCUUGACAAUGGCUCCAUCCUGCUGCUUGAGAUUGUCAAGGUCGACAAGGAGUACCGCCGCCUGGGCCUGGCUACCCGCCUCUGCAAUGCUGUUCUCGACAUCACUCGACCCAAAUGCAAUCCCAAGACUUGGAUCGCGGUUGCGCGCACAGCUGUGCUCAACGCCUCGGUCGAAGCUGAGCCUGACGGACGAGACUGGAACAAGGCUGUCGAGGACCAGAUGCAAGCGACUACCGCUCUUCUCCGCGCGGUAGGCUUUCGCCGUCUCGGCACCAGCGAGUGGUUCGCCUUCGCUGGCGACGUCGACCACCCAGCCCACCAACUGUCGGCCGCCAACGACUACAACAGUCCCGUCUUCGCAGACCGCGACUUCGCAGGCCCUUCCGAGCAGCUAUCAGAGAAGAUCAGAUCCGAGACCGUCAGCGAUGCCAUGACGCUUCAAGAGCUCAAGCUGCAGGCUCAGAUCCACGGGCUGGCGCACGCAGAUUGGUGCACCCCCAAUUCACAUGGCCACACAAUCCUACACCUCGCCGCUACCGCAAGCAAGGCGCAGUGUAUUGCAUGGAUCAUCGACAACUUUGCUCAGCUUCGGGAUGCUCAGAACUCGGCCAGCCAGACCCCACUCGACCUCUGCUUGGACCGGAUGGAACGGUUGCGGUCACAGUUGCAGCAUGGCUUCCUGGUCCUCGUGGUCGCCGACCACUUUACCGGCUUCGGUACCAAGUUUGUCGACACAGUGUGUGCUCUCAAAGGUCUCAAAAGCCCCUCCCCGAUUGAGCUGUUGCGAAUCAAGUUCGGUUGCAGCUGCGGCCAAUGCGUCGACGGUUUCCUCAGUCCACGGAUGCUGGAGCUGCUGUCCACGAACGCCGAGUCGGUGCAUGGACACCUCGAGUUGACGCUUGAGUACAUUGGCGACGACGGCCCAGCCUUUGCCGAGGACACAGCCAUGUGCUAUCCCUCGCUGCCCCCUGCCAUCGUCAGCAGAAUGCGAACCAACAAGUCUGUGAGGGCCGGCUUUGUAGCCAUGUUCGGUCACUUUGCGACCUGCCUCCAGGCAGGCAGGGUCCCGAACGAGGCCAACGUGCGCCAGGUAAUUCAGGAGGCGUCGGAGUGGCCUCCCGUCACCCGCAACUACCUCGAGAGCGUGGGCACCGUCGCUGCCGUUGGCGCAUGUCUGUUUGCAAGCACGAUGGACGUGUCCCCGCACGCCGGUGACGGAACCGUGCUGGACGGACUUGAACCUGGCGCGUACGAUGCGCUUCUCAAGUGUCGCAAUGACGAGGACUUUGGGUUUGUCAGUGGACAAUGCGGAUACGAGCGAGUCGGCCGAGACAUGUAUGCUGCUGGAGAGGGAGCCGCCGACCCCAUGUUUGGGGACCAAGACUGCCAAAUGAGCUGAGCGCAUUGGAAUUUUCGGUAGGCAUUGUCGUUGCUAAGGAUGGAUGUGUUCACAGCAAAGGUUUAGAUGAAUGGGCGAGGAGUGCACGGAGUUGCAAGACCAUCCCAGCGAUGAGGCAACAUGUGCCAAGUCAGCAGCAUGAAUCGGAGGGGAUAAUCAUCAAUGUACAGAGUUAGUUUGUAGCCAUACGCACUGUAGGAGUCUUGACACGAGCAAUACGACGAUGUAG